GUUGCAGACAACAUUUAUUGGAAGUAGUUGAUCCCAACUUCCUUCAAGAGUGUCCGCCCACUGUCAACAGAGAGAUCCGGGAGAGCGCGUGCUGCGCGCAACGGAGAGAUCACCUGCAUCCAGGGCGCGCCUGCGGGAGGGCGCAGCGUUCCACUUCACUUCAGGGGAAAACUAAAACGUGUUGAAGUGAUUUCAGGGAUUCACUAUGCAGGAUCGAAGCUCGUUCAUCAACCCUUUCCCCAGACCGCGGUGUCUGGCGGCGGCGGCGCCGGCUGGAAAAGCCAAGUUAACGCACCCGGGGAAAGCCAUCCUGGCAGGUGGAAUUGCUGGUGGCAUAGAGAUCUGCAUCACCUUUCCCACAGAAUAUGUAAAGACCCAGCUACAGCUGGACGAGAAGGCCAAUCCUCCAAAGUACAGAGGAGUAGUUGACUGUGUGAAGCAGACAGUAAAGGGUCACGGCGUUAAAGGACUGUACAGGGGGCUCAGCUCGUUGCUGUAUGGAUCUAUACCCAAAUCUGCUGUGAGGUUUGGAGUGUUUGAAAUCCUCAGUAACCGGGCCAAGGAUGAAUCCGGCCGGCUGGACAGCACCAGAGGGCUGCUGUGUGGGCUCGGAGCCGGGGUCAUGGAGGCCGUGCUGGUGGUCUGUCCCAUGGAAACUGUUAAGGUGAAAUUCAUUCACGACCAGACUUCAGGCAACCCCAAAUACAGAGGCUUCUUCCAUGGAGUCCGAGAGAUUGUUCGCUCUCAAGGGUUGAGAGGGACGUAUCAGGGGCUGACAGCGACCGUCCUCAAACAGGGAUCCAACCAAGCUAUUCGCUUUUUUGUCAUGACAUCUCUCAGGAACUGGUACAAAGGCGAUGAUCCAAAUAAAGCUAUAAAUCCUUUGGUGACGGGACUCUUUGGAGCGAUAGCAGGAGCAGCAAGUGUGUUUGGAAACACUCCACUGGAUGUAAUUAAGACACGGAUGCAGGGUCUUGAAGCUCAUAAAUAUAAAAGCACGCUGGACUGUGCUGUGAAGAUUCUCAGACAUGAAGGUUUGGCAGCUUUCUACAAAGGGACCGUCCCACGGCUGGGCCGAGUGUGCCUGGAUGUGGCCAUCGUCUUCAUCAUCUAUGAGGAAGUGGUGAAGGCCCUGAAUAUGGUCUGGAAAACAGACUGAGCUGCUAAAGUGUCCACUGUGGAUCCAAGUUUAGAAAACCUUUUUGAAUACUACAGCCAGCUGCAGAAACAGAGUUCAGCUUAGAUCGGGUUAGCUUAAAUGUUUUUUUUUUUUUAAGUUUAAAAAAAAGGUGUUUAAAAAAAUUCUCUUUUUAAAAAAAAGCUCACGUUUCCAAAUCCGCCACAAAAAUGCACAUUUUCAAGUUUUCUCCUCGUCUGUCUGUGAGUUUUCUGGCUGUAAUUUCCCAGAAUGCUCCUUCCACAUGUUCACAGCUGUUUUACUGAUGUUUACUGUGAGACAGCAGGUGUUGGUCUGAACUUUCUCCAGUCGGCUCUCGGUCUGCUCUCCUGGAAAACCUUGAGCUGAAUCCAGAGAAAGCAGACUGCAGCUGGUCGGAGUUUACAUCCACAUGAACCGCAGAAAAGCCUUCAGAAGAUUUUAUAUCAAACUCAUUCUUUUAACUAACUCUAAUUUUUGUUUAAUAUUUAAUGUUUGUUCUAAAUGCCAAACAUAUUAUAAAAUAGAAGUUUAGUGAAUAAAGUGAAUUAUUUUAAAACAGCAAAGAAAAUGAAAGAUUUAUGUAUUAUACAUGUAUUUAUUCAGAUUGAAUGUUUAUUGUAGACGAGACUUUUAAAUGUCAAUCUGUGCCAAUUGUGUGAAAAAAGGCUGCAGCCACAUGGAGUUAUUUAAAGAAAAUUAUAUUAUUUUUGCCAAAACUGAUUCAUCAAAUUCAACCUGUUUCUUUCUUUUUGUUUGAGUAGAUUUUAAACACUGAUCCUCUGCUUCAAAUGUUGUCUCUGGGGGAGUUUGGAGAUGAGAACACGACUUUCACAUUUAUGUUUUUGUUUUUUUAAAUCACCCAUAGGUUUAUAUUUCUCACAUGUUCUAGACAUGAACUUGAGAUUGGGAUUCGAACGUUUCCACGGCCUUCUGGUGUGAAACAGGGAGGGAUUCACUUCUUGUUGCUGUAGUUUUGGUGCCAUGAUCCAUGCAGGUCACUGUGAACUCACGUGCCUUUUAGUCUGGUGUUAGUCUGUAAAUGAGAGGUUUUUGUCACUUUUCUGCAUAUUUUUUAUUUUUCUGUUUAAUCAAACAAAUGCUGCUCUACUGCCAACACCAGGAGUCGUUGUGAGAGUGUUUGUGUGGGGGGGUGCGUCGGCUCUCGACGACGACAGUUGUGCGGCUGAUGCGACCCCCUCUUUUUGUGUGAAAACUGUAUUGAAAGGAGAAUUAAAAACUCAUUAAAGGAAGUGUUUGAAACCUUGAAA